UUUUUCACUGUGGAUCGAUAAGCUUGAUUGAAGAGCCUUGUCGAUCCAGUCAUUUGGAAGCCAUGAAGGUGGCCAAAAAAGCUGGGGCAUUGCUCUCCUUCGACCCAAAUCUCCGGCUACAACUGUGGGAUUCCCCGAAGGAUGCACGGGCUCUCAUCAUGAGGAUCUGGAAGCAAUCCAACAUCAUUAAGGUCAGUGAUGCCGAGGUUGAGUUCCUAACCAGCAAGGACACAGAGGAAGAUGAUGCUGCUGUGAUGAGCCUAUGGCACUCGGAAUUGAAGCUGCUGGUGGUAACCCUUGGAGGGAAGGGAUGCAAAUACUACACCAAGGAUUUUCGAGGGACUGUCAAAGGGCUUGCUGUCAAGCCAAUGGAUACAACGGGGGCCGGCGAUGCAUUCGUCGGCGGAAUGCUUAGAAAGAUUGCCGAUGACCAAUCUGCACUGCAAGAUGAGAAGAAACUGAGGGAAGUGCUGAGAUUUGCCAAUGCUUGUGGAGCCAUAACAACAACCAAGAGAGGGGCGAUUCCUGCUUUGCCGAACGAAGCUGAAGUCUGGGGGUUGCUGGAAAAGGCUUAA